UUGAGAACUAAUAUGAUAUAUCCUGUGUUUUAAAUUUUCUUCCUAGAAGCUGUACUGCAUCAUCCAAACUAAACAGGCAACACAAUGUUAUUGGUUGUUGGGGCCAAUAUAAUACCUGUAUAAGUUUUAGCUAAUUCAAACAACCGAUUAAAAUCAGCUAAUUUCACUGCUUCACCUGCACUGUUCUCAAGCCAUACCUCUCUGAUAUACUCCGGCAAAGCUAAUGUCCAACGCAGCGGGUGUUCAGCCACCUUCUCCUUCAAUGUCUCGAUGGUGUCGUUCAGAUUAACCAACACCUCUAUAGGCCUCUUCUUCAUGUUCUGCUUCACAUGCAAUACAAUGUCAUGGUAGUAGACGUUCACUAAUAAGAGAUUAGAACUUGUCCAAUCUGUUAAUGAUCACCAACAGUAAAGGAAAAUGGAACCUCCACAUGGAACUGCUUCUGAAAAUCCUGCGCUGGAUGAGGUACCAGGAAAACCUGCACAGUAAUCCUCGCUGUGAAAAUCGGUGUCAACACCUGUUGAGGCAGAGGCUCAGGUGAUGCCAGUUGGGACACCAGUGGAGGCAAAAUGACCAGAGGUUGGCACACGGGUGGAUGUAUAUUCAGCAGACUGGCCGGAGAUUGAGACACCGGUUGAAGCAGAGACGGAGCUGACAUUGGUUGAGGCAGAGGCGUUGGAGGUGACGCCGGUUGAGGCAGAGGCGGUGGAGGUUGAGACAGACUGACCGGAGCUUGAGACACCGGUAGAGGCAGACUGGCCGGAGGUUGAGACACAUUCCGCACCUCCAUGCCUAUGAUGGAGCUGUUGCACACCUCAGCCACCUUCAUAACUUCAGAGAUCAUGACGUCGCUACUAAAGGUUGUUGUUAAUUCCCUGCCAAUAGCGGGAUGACGCAAGGUGACUGUUACAGGUUGAGGCAGAGGUCGAGGUGACCCCGGUUGAAGCAGAUGUUGAGUCACUGGUUGAGGUGAAAUCAGAACCUCCAUAGCUACCACCGAGCUGUUGAUGUCAACCGCAAAAUCAAGAAUGCUGGAUAUGAAAUCGUUGCUAUGAAAUGUGCUUGUAACUUUUUGGUGAAUAGCUGGAGGUUGGAAGGUAACGGUGACAAGAGCCAUGGUUGUGGUGAAAUGGCUUUGGUUGGAUUUUUGAAUCACUGAGCUUAUAUUGAGGCAGAUAGAGGAGAUUUAAAAUAUGAAUUUUCAGCGCCAAAUGUUGUCUCCUCUUUUUGGCGUAUUAUUUUGAAUUUUGAAUUGAGUUUUGUUUCUCCAGCAGUGGGGAAUGGAUCGGUUCUGGUUGUAGGUGGUGGGCAAUGGAUCUGUUUGGGUUUGGCUCAGCCCAAUUCCAAGUCCAAAUAAAAAGAAAGGAAUAGAGCUAGAAGUUGCUAAUGUCAUCGCCUCUGGGGCGCAGAUGAAGCCUUUCUUUGCCUCCACUGGUCAGCUGUGGAAGGAGCAGAAGCUAGCCGGAAAACCCGCAAGGUUCGUCAUCAGCACUGGCACUCAAGGAGAUAAAAGAGCUCCAUUAAAGAGCUCAUCAAGGAUGUCCACUCUUCCACUUCCUCUCACCAACUGUAGCCUUAUUUUCCCCUGAGCUGUUAGCUUUCAUUUUUGGCCUCAAGGAGCAGUUAAUUGAAAACAGAGUCCUAUGUCUUGCUAAAAUCAUGUCAACUUCUAUGAUGGAAAAUUUUAUGAAGCUUGCCAAGUCAAAUACGGACAAAAAUUUGGAGACUUGUGGUAUCCUUGCUGGUCUGCUUAAAAACAGAAAAUUUUAUAUUACUGCUCUAAUAAUCCCAAAGCAGGAGUCAACAUCAGAUUCUUGUCAGGCUACAAAUGAAGAGGAAAUAUUUGAAGUGCAGGAUAAACGAUCUCUUUUCCCCCUUGGGUGGAUACAUACACAUCCUACACAAUCUUGUUUCAUGUCAUCAAUUGAUCUGCACACUCACUACUCAUAUCAGAUUAUGCUUCCAGAAGCCGUUGCAAUAGUUAUGGCACCAAGAGACAGUUCAAGAAAACAUGGCAUUUUUCGGUUGACAGCCCCUGGUGGAAUGAACGUCAUCAAACAAUGCCAGCACCGCGGCUUUCAUCCACACAGUCAGCCUCCAGAUGGUGGUCCUAUUUACGACACUUGUACAGAUGUUUACAUGAAUCCUGAUUUAAAAUUUGAUGUAAUUGAUCUUCGGUGAUAAGUGAUAGCAACACUCUUUUUCAUCUUUGUUUGUAUACCAUGUUUUUUACCUCUUUAUGAAUAUAAGGUUUGCCAUUGCUGUCCGUGGCCAUCAUGAAAGCAGGUUUUGGCCAUGUUUGUAUAAGAAGAAAUCUUGCCCUUUUGAUUGUUAUUCUUGGCUGUGCCUUUUCAUGCAUUCACUCAGGACUUAAUC